AUGAGAAUCAGCCUCGGCCUCGCGCCUUACCGCCUCAGGCCAUGGCGCCUCUUCCGCUCUGUCCUGGCCUUCCUCGCCGUAUUGUAUGUCGUGUGCUACAUAUUCAUUGAAGAGAAUGGCCCCGCAACAUGGAUGAUGCACACUGUCGAUACGGUUCGGGGACGCGCUCCUCCGCGCAUGUCGCCGCCGCGCCCCAUCAUGUCGCUUGGACCCCGCGUGCCCUGCUACGGUCCUCGAGGUCAACUGCUAUCCAACAGCUCCGACGAUGCCCUCACAUCCGCCCAUCUGUCGCAGAAGUACCCCGUGCCUUUUGCCGGCUCUCAUGAAGAACUAGGUCUGGAGAAGUCUUGGAUGUCUCCUGAUGGUCGCUAUGGACCUUAUGGCUUCGGCGAAGAAGAAAAAUCUUACACUCGCACAGUGGUCGAUUGGGACACGGUCGACUGGGGCUUACUUCAGAAUGACUGCUUUGCGUUAAACGCUCAUCGCUUCACCAGCGAAGCCACCAAGUUCCUCAACAGCCCCGUUCGGUUCGCCUGGAAGAGCGCCGGCAAGGUGCCGGAAGACCAUCAAUGGACUGAUUUCAGUGGAAGUCGACGGACAGCGAUCAUCUUGAGAGCCUAUGAUGGCUACGACUACAAGAAGCGUGACAUGCAGCACAUCCGCUCCCUCAUCGUCGAAGCAUCAUUGCGCACUGGUGGAGAGUACGUCGUCGUGCUGUUGGUCCAUAUUCGCAGCGAGGAGUUCAACCCUUGGAAUUCACCAGAAGAGUAUGCCCGUGCCUUUGAGCAUGCCAAGAUUCCUAAGGAGCUACAGUCCAUCGCCGCUUUCCAGCCAUUGCAACUUUUCUCUCACUACUACCCCGAAUUCGACCACUACUGGCAAUUUGAGAUGGACAUGCGUUUCACUGGCGAUGCUGGGGGCUAUCUGGAUGCAGUGGACCUAUGGUCUCGCAAGGAGCCGCGCAAACAGGCCAUGGAACGGUCGACUUUCUUCUACGACCCUACCGUGUUCAACACAACCGAUGAAUUCCGGGCCGCUGUCGAUGAGGUCAACCGGGGCCGGUCUCAUGUUUGGGGCCCGGUUCGCGUGCGCGAGGUCUCACCCAUUGGGCCACGGCCACCCACCACCGACGAGGAGGACAACUUUGAGUGGGGUGUGGGAGAAGAUGCCGAUGUCAUUGUGACGAGCCUGUGUGCGGAUGCGCGCAAGAGCACGACGUGGAUCUUCCGGGGCUGGGUCUACGGAUUUCGGGCUGGAAAGCAAGGCCCACCCCGAUACUUUUGUCCGCCAGCGAUUCAACGUGGCAGCCGGGCGUUAUUGCACGCCAUUCACACGUUGCAGAGGCGAGGACUGCGAAUAGCAUCAGAGGCAACGCUACCAUCAUUCGCGCUGUGGUUGGGGCUCAAAAUCAGUGCCCCGCCGCUGCCAUGGUACCUGAACGAUGUGCCCGAUGACGAGGAGCGCGCGAGGUGGAUGCUCGGAGGGCCAAAGGCCAGCGAUGAUGGUUUCGGCAAGGGAGAUCCACAAUGGGGACAGCCAGACAUGAUCAACUCACCCCAGAUGUCAAGCACAUUCUGGUGGGCCGGCGGUUGGCCUGGGGAGCUGUUCGAAGGGUGGCUGCAGGGGAAGAAGACCCAGGAUGGAAAGCCGAUGUACCCGCUCACAGAAAGCGAGGGGGAAUUGUACAUGCCCAACCUAUUGUUGCACCCGGUGAAGCGGGAGUAA